AUGCUGUUAUCCCCCAUCUUCCUCCUAGUUGUGCAUAUUUUCGGCACCAUUGCGUGUUCUGGCUGUUAUGGGCCUUCGGAUCUGAACCAACAUGCGAGACUGGUUCGUCGUAUGCAACCUGAAGCUCUGAACGCGACGACUAAACCAAGAGGGCCCCUUGAAUGGGGCCAGAUCAAUUUCCUCCAUACCACAGAUACGCACGGCUGGCUUGCUGGCCAUCUGAAAGAGCGAAACUACGGUGCCGACUGGGGAGACUUUGUGUCUUUUGUAAAGCAUAUGCGCAGGAAGGCUGAUCGGCUCAAUGUCGAUUUGCUUGUCAUUGACACUGGAGAUUUGCAUGACGGCAAUGGGCUCACCGAUGUCACAACUCCUAAUGGCGCGAUUAGUGACGGUAUUUUCACCGAAAUAGACUACGACCUGCUUGCAAUUGGCAACCAUGAACUAUACGUCACAGAAGUAGCGUACCACAGUCAGGCCAACAUCUCGAGACUCUAUGGUGAUAAAUAUCUGACCAGCAAUGUCCAAUUACUCAACCGCGAUACUGGCGAGUUCCAGGAUUUCGGCAGCAAAUACCGCUAUUUUACCACGAAACAUGGACUUCGGAUCAUGGCCUUUGGCGUACUGUUUGAUUUCACAGGGAAUUCGAAUGUUUCCCGGGUAACAAAGGCGGAAGAUAUGGUAAAACAACCUUGGUUUAGAAGCGCAGUGAAUUUCCGCAAACCAAUCGACCUCUUCCUCAUCAUUGGACACAAUCCUGUCCGACUGGGAGUCAGCUCUGGCACCUUCGGCACAGUGUACAAGAGUAUCCGAGAAAUGCGGCCAGAUGUUCCAAUUCAAACCUUUGGAGGUCAUACACAUAUCCCGGGAUUUCGUUGUGUACGACGAGAUGUCAACCGGGACUCGAGUCCGGGCGCUAUUGUGAAACGUUGGGAUGGCUUGCCAUGA